AUGAGAACCAACGAGCAAGGUGAAAAGAUUGCCUGUUCCAGGUGCCGCGUGGGGCACCGAACAUCUACGUGUGUCGACACCCCAAGACAUCAAGAUGACGUGCAGGUGAUCCCCUCACCUGGUCGUCCAGAAGGGUCCAGGACAGACCCAGCCAGGGCCGCUGUGCAGCGGGAAAAGAGGAGACUCCGGCAAAAAAAGGCGCCGGAGGAGGAACAAGGUGUUGCGGGGCUUCAACAAGAGUCACGCGCCUUUCCUCCUCAACGCGCAGUUUCUACACCUGUGCCGGGGAGCUAUGCUGCUAGAUUCCCGGGGUUCCCUAUGGCCGGGGACCAGAAUCCAGGGGGCCUUGUAAAGCCUCAAGCUCCUGUCCCUUCCCGGCGAUAUAGUGCCCCUCCUGAUCCCCUUUCUUUUGGCUUACCUGAGCCCGCCCAGCGUCCCUGGGAGCAGCCAGUUUAUCCUGGUAUGGACUACCGCUCUACCUCUCAUACUCUCGCUGCUCCUGCUCCUGUUUCUGUCCCUUCUGCCCCCGGUUUCCCUGUUACUGCUCCUGACCAUGCUGCUUCUGCUGUCCCCUCUGGGAUGGACGGGUUCUCGUAUGUGAGGGUAAGGAUGCCCAUACAGGCCCCAGGUCCCCAUGGCCCUGCUCCUCUGCUGGGCUCUGAUGUCACUGAGAAUCCUUUACACAUCAGUCCCCAACAUCCCAUCCAUUCCCUUGGUCCCACUGCUCUCCGUCUACCCCACCAUGCCUCUUCUGCCCCGGUCACGGGGUUUCCGCAAGUUAGCAUGGUAGUGCAGGCUGGCCAAGGGGGCAGCAUGAUGAAGCAGGUCAUUCCUGGAAACCCCAUGGAAGCUAGGUAUAUGGUCUCUUCUGUCGCCUCUGCCCCAUUCCCGGGCAUAUUUUCCUUCGACGAAGGCCUUGGGGGGAACAAACCUUGGGCCAUGCCUAACACUGGGCAGAUUGGCCAGCCCAUUCCAGCGGCCCGCAGUGGUGUCCCAGCUUCAGGCUCACAAAUUCCCUCUGCGCCAAGAGCCUUCCUUGGUCACCUGACUUGGGAGAACUCCCUCAACACGGGUGUUGCCAGGCCUGGGACUCUGGCUGAUCAGGAGGUGUCGGCUUCUUCUGGCCAAGAUUCUUGGCUUGAUUCUGCACUCCCUGCUAACGACCCCAUAGCAGGUGGAUACCAGUACGGCCCCGGAGGAGGGUAUGGUUUUCCUGCCGAAACACCUGCUGCCUUCCCUCCUUUCUCCCUUAAUUUUAUGUAA